CUUACUCCAUAAUUAAUUGAUUAAUUAAAUCCUUAAUCCCAAUUACUUGCAUUAUUCAUUGUCUCUUGCCUUACCUCUUUCCUCUCUUUCUUGUAAUUCCCUCUUCUAUAUACAUAAAACCCCCAUCUCUGUACUCCUCCGCCAACCUUGCAAGCUUUUCAGCCACCUUGCAGCAAGCCAUGGCUAUUGCUAUCGAUGGUGCUUUUGAUGAGCUUGACUUUUCCGGCUAUGGCUCCAUCUCAACUACUACUACCCCCACCACUUCAGCUGAAAAUGAUCACCAUGCCUGUAACUGGAAUGAUUUUUCUCCAGUUGUGGAUUGGGAAGCCUUGUCUUGCCACCAUGAUGACUUCCAUGAUCUUAUUGAGUCCAUGAUGGAAGAUGGAGGAUUCAGUCAGCCCAUCUGUAACUCUAACUCCAACUCUUUCUCCUCUGACACCAUGCUAGUCGACGAGGAAACCAACGGUGAAGAUUUCAAAGGAUUGAGGCUUGUUCAUCUUUUGAUGGCUGCAGCUGAGGCACUUACUGGAGUAAACAAAAGCCGUGAUCUGGCUCGGGUGAUAUUGAUUCGGCUCAAGGAGUUGGUGUCACACAACGAUGGAACCAACAUGGAGAGAUUGGCGGCAUAUUUCACUGACGCCUUGCAAGGUUUGCUAGAAGGAGCCGGAGGUGGUAGCCAUGGAAAGCAUUUAAUAAAUAAUGGUCCAUAUCACCAUCACCACCGUGACGACCACCAUCAUCAAGCGGACGUUCUUGCAGCAUUUCAAUUGCUGCAAGACAUGUCUCCCUAUGUAAAGUUUGGACAUUUCACAGCUAAUCAAGCAAUUCUUGAAGCCGUAGCCCAAGAUAAAAGAAUCCACAUAGUUGAUUACGAUAUCAUGGAGGGUAUCCAGUGGGCAUCAUUGAUGCAAUCGCUGGCAUCCAGGAAGGAUGGCCCACCAACUCCACACCUCAGGAUCACAGCUUUAUCAAGAAGUGGCAGCGGCAGAAGAUCAAUCGGAACUGUCCAGGAGACUGGACGGCGGCUGGUGGCUUUCGCCGCCUCUAUUGGCCAACCAUUUUCUUUCCACCAGUGCAGAUUAGACUCUGACGAAACUUUUAGACCAUCUGCUUUGAAGUUGGUCAGAGGUGAGGCAUUGGUAAUCAAUUGCAUGCUACACCUCCCUCAUUUCAGUUACCGGGCACCCGAUUCAGUUGCUUCAUUUCUAUCCGGAUCCAAAACUCUUAACCCGAGACUACUCACCCUUGUCGAAGAGGAAGUGGGACCUAUUGGGGAUGGAGGGUUUGUAGGCCGGUUUAUGGAUUCAUUGCAUCAUUACUCCGCCGUGUACGACUCGCUGGAGGCGGGGUUUCCGAUGCAAGGUCGGGCACGGGCAUUAGUAGAAAGAGUAUUCUUGGGGCCCCGUAUAGCGGGAUCGCUGGCUCGGAUUUACCGGGCACGUGGAGACAAGGAGGGGUGUUGUUGGGUGGAGUGGUUGGGUGCAACGGGGUUUAAAGAAGUUAAUAUAAGCUUCGCCAAUCAUUGUCAAGCAAAGCUUUUGUUAGGACUUUUUAAUGACGGGUAUAGGGUGGAAGAGAUGGGUUGCAAUAGGCUUGUGCUGGGAUGGAAAUCCAGACGAUUACUGUCUGCCUCUAUUUGGACUUCACCUUCUGACUCUGAUUUACAAAUUAUUUAAUUGAUUAAGCAUCUUUUU